UCAAACCCUACUUUUUUUCUUUUUUUGUUGUCAAUCUUACUCAUAAUAUUUUUUAUUUUCCCUUUUUUAGACUUAUAAGCAUUCUGUAUUAAUAUAUAUGCAUAAGAAAAACCAUGAAAUUGUGAAGUUAUGAACGGCCAUGGUUAGGUUGAUAUUUUGAUCAUUUCAAGAAAAAGACAAAAAAGAGGGAGAAAUUGAUAGUUUUGAGAGCGUAACAUCAUUUAUGUUGUGUUGUUGAUAUCAUACGGUUUGUUUGGGAAAAACGAAAAUAACGGCUGGUCCGAAAACGUUGGUGGAGCGAAGGAGAGAGAGAAAUUCAUUGCGAAAAACAAUGAGGGGUAUAAUUGGAAAAUGGAGAGACUAAGGAAUUCUCUGCAUGGAAAAUUGAUUGUGUGUGUGUGUUUGUGUGUGUCGAUCCACCACUUCGCUCUCUGCAAAUCCACUUCCCCUCCUCCCAUGGCCUUUUCUCUUCUUCUCGUUGGCAGCUGAAAAGCCUCCUCCUUCAUCUCAUCUCACCCACCCCAUUCAGUGGAGGAAGAUCUGAUCGAUGAGACUUGUUCAUCUGGAAUCGAGCACUGUGAAGAGCACUUUGAAUACAACAUUUGAAUUCUCAUCACUAUUGUGGUAAGCAUAGGAGAAUGGAUGACCACGGGGGAAGCAAGGUGACUGGAAUCCGACAGAUUGUUAAGUUGAAGGAAAUUCUCCAUAAGUGGCAAUCUGCCACACUUUCUCCCAAGGCAAGCAACCUCCACUCUGACCAAAAUCACGGGGGCAUUUCACCAGCAAUUAGCAGGCGAUUGAUAGGCCCAAAUGGAUAUUGUGACUCGGACGAGGAUAAUUGCCAGAGCCCUGAACCACCCCAUGGUGUUCCCAGAGGUUACUUGGCAGUAUAUGUUGGGCCGGAGCUUCGGAGGUUUAUUAUUCCCACUAGCUAUCUUACCCACCCUGUGUUCAAAGUGUUACUGGAAAAGGUUGAGGAGGAGUUUGGGUUUGAUCACAGUGGUGCGCUCACAAUCCCAUGCGAGAUUGAGACCUUCAAAUACCUCCUUAAGUGCAUGGAGAACCAUCACAAAGAUCAUCCUGAAGACCACACAACUGGGUCAUCAUUAACCAUUGAAGAGUAAGUGAUUAUUCAGUAAGUGAAUAUUCUGGAUCCCAAAUGGUAGGGCUAAUCUUCUGGUGUAAAGCAAGGUCUCCUUGUAAUGCAGAGGUUUUUUAUUUUUUUAUUUGGUGAAUUUCUUUCUUUUUAUAGAGCUUUAGUUAGAAAUUUAAUGAUGCCAAAUGUUGGAGAAGUAAUUAGUGGCUCACCUUUCCUUGUCAUGUUGUUUGGGGGUGGCCAACAAUUGAUGUUUGGUCGAACUUGAAACACAUUGAUUCUUAUUGUCCAACAGUAAUUUGUAAUUCA